AUGCAUAUCUAUCGGACACCAACAGGUGAAGACCUGAAAUUAGACACAACCUCUAAAUUCAACGUUAACCUUGAUGGCAACUGGAAACAUACCACUCCAGAUCCUGCGAGGAUCUCAGGCCUUGCGUCCGACGAUGGAGUAUCUUACUGGAACCAUUAUGACCUUCUUGGUUUCAUUCUGUCUCUUUUGAAAGAGGAUCUGGACGGUGCUAAGAAAGAUAACUUCUUCCUUCCACUGACUGCAGUGUAUGGCCGAUGGUGUGCCAAAAUUGGAGGGAACGGGAAAACAGAAAAGCACCCGAAACCUCCAACGGCCGAAGGUAUUACUGCAAUGGCAGAUAAGCCAAGAGGUGUUGGUGCUGUACCUACUGUCUUUCAGUGCACAUGGAUGACAGCCCAGGACGGUGUCUGUUUCGCUUUAGGAUCCUCUCUCGCCGGAUUUGAAAAAGCAGGAGAGAAAUGGAAGGAAAGACUCCGAACAUAUCGAUUUGAUCUUCUGUACGGUUGGAAUAAUAUCCACACACUGACGAGGGAAACCAAAGUUGAGGGGAAGAAAAAGGAGGAAACCUGGCAUUUCAACAACUCACCCAACCGGUCGGUGAAGGGCGACGCAGGAACGCAUUUUGGAAAUUGCGGGGAAACAUACCCAUUUCUCCAUAUAUGCCGCUCCUUAGAUGUAAAAGCGAGGGAAGAUGUCAAUGGCUUGGCUCUUAAGAAUUUCUUCCUAAAGAACGAGGUCUUGGAAGAAACAUACUCGCCACUGGAAAUACACAAGAAAGCCUCCGAAGGAUCGAGUGCUCUUUAUCUCAUUCCGCCAUGCGAUAAUUGCGAAUAUCUUAUUCAGGUUGCAAAAGGGAAGAAGGAAAACUUUGUUUACUCUCCAGUAGAGAGUCCAACGGGAAGCAAGGAGGUCCCGCCGAGUUAG